CAAAUGGACGUCACACAGUCCCCGCACGAAAAGUCAGGAUGCUAAAUCGAGUAAGGACUAAUCGCUCAUCUAUUCCUCGGCCCAACUCAGAGGAGGGAACUCCUACAUGUGUGCAUUUGUGCACCGUUAAAAUGAAUAACUGUUUUAUUUUCCAAAUACUUUCCUGAAUACAAACGUGAAGCAGGAUUCGCGUCUGUUAUUGGGUUUGUUUGGCCUCAGCCAUUAACGAAAAAUGCGCUCAGUUUAAUAGCUUGCUAGCUAGCUAGCUGUAGCUAAUUGCUAAUGUGGUGCUAACGGCUAACCACUGAGCUUUCAUAGUGUUGUUAUUGAGACGUUGCCGCAAUUAGUUGUACUGUUAUGUUUAAGAGAUCCGUUUACGUAAGAAAUGAGCAUGUGCUUCAAGUAAUAUAUUUAUUUGCUUUGUCGGGAAUUAAAUGGUGCUAAUACACAAGUUCGUAUGUAGUUGUGAAUGUUGACACUGCACAUUGUAGCUUUUUCCACCUGAUAGUCUUUGCUACCUGUUUGAACCCUGCUAGCCACGUAAACUGCUCCUGCUCGGUGUUGACGUAGCAGCUAGCUUGCCUGUCUCGACAAGCUAGGAAACGUUACAUUUUAUGGGAGUUAGAUGUAGGUCACCAAGUCAAUGAUAGCCUGCCUAAUAAAACCAAGGUAUCCCAAGACCGAACUCCACCUAGGACAUAAACAGUUUUGACUCAAAAUGCUAUAGCUGGACUUAGAAGCGUGGCUCGUUGGUCCUGUUGUAUUGAGCGGAUGAUGAAGCGGGUCAUCUGGUUGAUAUCAGGAUUAAACAGAAGAAUGAUGAAGCUACUUUUUGCCAUCGCCUUGAUCGCCUAUAUUGCCUCUGUUUGGGGAACGCAUAUGAAUAUCAGAUCAAUGCAAGAAAACGGAGACGUGAAGAUAGUGCAGAGAAUUGAUGAAGCUGUGGCUCCUCUCAGAGAGAAGAUUCGUGAUCUGGAACAAAGUUUUUCUCAGAAAUACCCACCUGUGAAAUUCCUGUCCGAAAAGGAUCGUAAGAGAAUUUUGAUUACUGGUGGAGCUGGUUUUGUGGGUUCCCACCUUACUGACAAGCUGAUGAUGGAUGGCCAUGAGGUGACUGUGGUGGACAACUUCUUCACAGGAAGGAAAAGGAAUGUGGAGCACUGGAUAGGCCAUGAAAACUUUGAGCUCAUCAAUCAUGAUGUGGUGGAGCCUCUGUAUAUUGAGGUGGACCAGAUCUAUCACCUGGCAUCUCCAGCAUCUCCUCCCAACUACAUGUACAAUCCUAUCAAAACACUCAAGACCAACACUAUUGGCACUCUUAACAUGCUUGGUCUAGCCAAACGUGUGGGUGCCAGGCUUCUGCUGGCUUCUACAUCUGAGGUUUAUGGAGAUCCAGAGGUGCACCCACAAAAUGAGGAGUACUGGGGUCAUGUGAACCCAAUUGGGCCCCGGGCCUGCUACGAUGAAGGGAAACGCGUAGCAGAGACCAUGUGUUAUGCCUACAUGAAACAGGAAGGAGUGGAAGUGAGAGUGGCAAGAAUCUUCAACACCUUUGGUUCGCGAAUGCACAUGAAUGACGGUCGUGUUGUCAGCAACUUCAUCCUGCAGGCUCUACAGGGAGAACCUCUCACUGUGUAUGGUACUGGUUCCCAAACAAGAGCCUUUCAGUAUGUAAGUGACCUGGUAAACGGCCUGGUGUUGUUGAUGAACAGUAACAUCAGCAGUCCAGUCAAUCUGGGGAACCCAGAGGAACACACCAUAUUGGAGUUUGCUCGUCUCAUCAAAAGUCUCGUCGUGAGCCGAAGUCAAAUCCAGUUCCUUCCAGAGGCCCAGGACGACCCACAGAGGAGAAGACCUGACAUCCGCAAAGCCAAGAUGAUGCUCGGCUGGGAGCCGGUGGUGCCCCUGGAGGAAGGUUUGAACAAAACUAUCCAGUACUUCAGUAGGGAACUCGAGCAUCAGGCCAAUAACCAGUACAUCCCCAAACCUAAAGCCGCCCGCAUGAAAAAAGGACGUCCCAGACACAACUGAGGUCGGGUUUCCUCACCACAAACUCUCCUGAACCGGACGGAUAUUAAGACUCCUCAGAGGAUGUUUGAAGAGUACCUCUUUCUGAAAUACACUGUUGAGUAAAGCACUCUGGGAUUAUGGUGUCUCUUUUUGAGAAGCUGAGACAACUUUCUCCUAAAUUUCAUUUUUUGUUUUGUAUUUCAAUGACAGUGUUGCCUCGCGUGGGAGCUGCAGUUGCACUGUGGGGAAAGGGCUUCAUUACUGGAGCUGUUGUGUUGAAUGGACAGGCCUGAAUCAGAAACAGAAGUUUGAAGCAAGAAAUUUGAAACCCAGCCUGCCUUUUUUUUGUGAAUUUGUGCUUUUUACUAUUUAAGUCACAGACAUAAGAAUCUUGCAAACAGCUCGUGCUGUGCGUCAGUGCUUCGUGCUUACUUUAUCAUUUUCGUGGUGUUUUGUUCUCCGGGGUGGAGCUACCUGACUUUGUUUUUCCACUGGAGUUUGUUGUCCUCUUUUUCAGUGGCGUGCCAGCACCCUGUGGCCUGUUCAUACAGUACACUGCAGGACUGGCUAAAUCUUCCAGAAGGACUGUGAGAGAAUCACAGAACAUCAUUGUGUUCUGCUUUGUGAAAUCUCCUGUCAGGAUGUGCAUUAUCAAUUUCAGAUGAAGAUGUUAUUUUAAUAAAAUAUUUCCAAUA